AUGCAGUCAGAUGUCGAACAAGAUGGAAUGGCGCUCCACUACGUCAGCGGUUUCGGAGAUCUUGCCAAGUUCAUCGCUAGCGACCACGACGGCGACACGGCCAUCUUCCGCAGAUUUGAUGUUCUCUCAGCGCGGAAUCUUCUCUAUCUGCAAAGCGAACUUGCAGAGCUCGAGGGUUUGCAACAACAGUAUGAUGAAGAAGAUGCCCAGGAUAGUCUGCAGCCUGACCUUGCAAAGCCCAUCAAUCUUGCUUCACGGGACUGGUCAUCCUUCGACAGGGGCACAAAUGAUCCGAAUUCCCCGAUAAAAGAGCGCUUGAAGAAACGGAUGGAGUUGGUAGUUGCGAUUCGGGAGAAGCUCAAGGAAUACCGCGAGGCUCUGGUGCUAGAGUCCACCAUUCUUUCGAUGAGAAGACCGUCAAUGCAAGCACACAGUGCUUUCAACCGUCAAUUCUGGAACGAGCGACGUGGCAGAAGAACCUUUCCCGCUCUCGAUGGCCACAGCGAGCAGUUGUAUGAGGAGAGAGAUCAACUGGUAGCACUGAAACGGCCAGAGAACGAGGAUCGACUCACACUCAUCCUUAGAAGAUUCUGUCCCAUGUUGUUUAGGCUUGGUGGCCGAAAGACUCGGAAUUCAGGCGUUGAGUAUUUUUCAGCUUCGCGGAUUUCGUUGGUAGUGAAUACCGUCAGUGUGAUUCUUGCUGCAGCGCUAUUGUUCGGUGCGAUCUACAACUUGUACUAUGUCGAUCAAGAUCAGGUGAAACUCGGCCUCAUAGCGGUCUAUACGCUUGCCUUUGCGCUGAGUGUCAGUGUGAUCUCAAAUGCGAGAAGAGCCGAGAUCUUCGGAGCAUGUGCGGCAUAUGCCGCAGUCCUCGUGGUCUUCGUGAGUGGAGACUUGGGACGAGAUCAAAACUCAGGCUGA